UCCGUCUUCUCUAGAGCUUCACGACGGCACGCUCGCUUCCAUCGGCUCUCUCAGGCAGGUUUUUGAAGUGAAGGUCUUCGUCCGCCACCGCCAAAAUGUCAGCCGGCGAGCUCGCUUGCACUUACGCCACUUUGAUCCUCCACGACGAUGGAAUCUCAAUCACCGCGGAGAAGAUCGCCUCGUUGGUGAAAGCAGCAAACGUCUCCGUGGAGUCGUACUGGCCGAGCCUAUUCGCGAAGCUGGCGGAGAAGAGGAACGUGGAGGACCUAGUCAUGAACGUCGGUUCCGGCGGCGGCGCAGCUCCCGUCGCGGUGGCCGCACCAGCUGGCGGCGCCGCCGGAGCGGCUGCGGCGGCUCCUGCUGCUGUCGAGGAGAAGAAGGAAGAAGCGAAGGAGGAGAGUGACGACGACAUGGGCUUCAGCUUGUUCGACUAAGGAAACAAGUACUCAUUCUGAUUCUUCUGGUAUUUUUUGUUUGGUUCUUCAGAUUAUAGAAUCUUUUGGAAAGUUUCCAUCCUCAAUUUGGUUGCGUGCAAUGUCGACAUUUAGCGGAUCGUUUGAUAUUGAGUUGGCUUG